AAAAUACAAGUUUAUGUGGCACCACAGCUCUUUUUCAUACCUUUUACCGGGAAGGAUUAAUUCCUGCAGAUAAAACGGGAACCAAAUUGGUAGGCCCAUGUUUUCCAAACAAGAAACAAGAAACGAAUUUGAUCUUUUGCCCCUAGCCAGUGAUGUGCACUCGGCUGUACUUGCGACUGAACAUUUGAACCAACCAGGUUUCGCCUCCUCGGACGCAGGCCCACCUGCACGCAACACGUGUCCUCCCCCCUUAUCACCUCCCCCAAACAAACCUUCAAGAAAGUCCAGCAAUUUUUGGCGCCAACCCUCUCCUCUCGUUCCUUCCUUCCCUUCCCCUGCUUCUGCAGAUCUUGGCCUUCACGAGGCUGCCAGGAGUGGGAAGAGUUCACGACCAUGGCCGCCUGCGCGUCCAUGGCCGUGUCCCGAGCUCUGAUCACCACGCGGUGCCGCCGUCCCGGCGGCAUGCAUCUGCAGCCGCGGAUGCCACUCAUUGCCGGCCCCGGACCAGCAGCAGCGCCUCUGCUUCUUCUCCCGACCAUGGCGUCGGCAAGGACGAGGAGGAGAAAAAUCAUGCCGGAUUGUCCCAGGCUGGGCGGCGGCGGGGACGACCUGGCGCCGACGCCGGCGUCGGAGCGGACGAUGACGGCCCUCGACCUUGCCACCCUCUGGGUGGGGCUCGUGGUGGGCGUGCCGGCAUACUACCUCGCCGGCAGCCUCGUCGACCUCGGCAUGUCCGCAGCCCAGGGCGUGGCCACGGUCGCCCUGGCCAACCUCAUCGUCCUCGCCACGCUCGUCCUCGCCGCCGCCCCGGCUGCCACACACGGGCUCCCCUUCCCGGUCCUGGCCCGCGCCGCGUUCGGCAUCCGCGGCGCGCACGUGCCGGCCGCGGCGCGCGCGCUCGUCGGCUGCGGCUGGUUCGGGAUCGAGUCCUGGAUCGGCGGCCGCGCCAUCUUCCUCCUCCUCCCGGACUCCGCCAUAACCUCCCUCCCGCCGGCCAUGGUCGCCCCGGCGCACCCGGCGCUGCUCGGCGCCGCGUCGCCGGUGGAGCUGGCCUGCCUGCUUGCCUUCACGGCGUUGCAGCUGGCCGUGCUCUCGAGCGGCAUGGCCGGGAUCCGGAACCUCGAGAGGUACUCCGCCCCUGUCCUCGUCUUCCUCACGGCCGCGCUCCUCGCCUGGGCCUUCUUCUCCUCUUCCAGCUCCGGCGGGGUGAACUUCUGGGCCGUGCUGUCGCAGCCCUCCAGGCUAGCGGGCCCGGACCUCUGGGCCGUCUUCUUCCCGGCGCUCACGGCCAACAUCAGCUUCUGGUCCACGGUGUCCAUCAGCAUCGCGGACUUCGCCCGCUACGCGCGCAGCCAGGCUGACCAGGUGCUGGGCCAGGCCGGGCUGCCGGUGUUCAUGGGCCUCUUCACGCUCGCGGGCCUCCUCAUCACCUCCUCCACCCAGCCCAUCUUCGGCCGCGUCGUCUCCGACCCCAUCGACCUCCUCUCCCAGAUCUCCAUUCGCUCCCCAUGGCCCGCCGCCACCAAGCUCGCCUCCAUCGCCGGCGUCAGCCUCGCGAUAAUCACCACCAACGUCGCCGCCAACGUGGUCGCGCCGGCCAACACGCUCGUCUCCCUCUUCCCGGGCGCCUUCACCUUCACCACGGCCGCGCUGGCGACCGCCCUGCUCGGCGUGGCGUUGCAGCCAUGGCGGCUGCUGGGAUCCAGCGAGAGCUUCGUCUUCACCUGGCUUCUCGGCAACGCGGCGCUCAUGGGGCCCAUCGCCGGCGUCUCGCUCGCCGACCACUACCUCGUGCGCCGCACCCGGCUCGACGUCGCGGCGCUCUACUCGGAGGAGGCCGGCGGGGAGUACUACUUCCAGGGAGGGUUCAAUGUCACCGCCAUGGUGGCCAUGGCGGCCGGGUUCGCCGCCGUCGUGCCGGGGUUCUUGCAUAACGUCGGCGUGCUGGCCAGCGUGCCCAGGGCGUUUGUUGUGGCGUAUAACAACGCCUGGUUCGUCAGCUUCUUCGUCGCCGGCGGAUUCUACUGCCUGCUGCGGGGAUCGGAGCAGAGCUUAGUUGCCUGCUCUGCUGCUGCUGCUUGAUUGAUUCUAGACUCUAAAACUGGGUUUCAGAAUGACACCGCAUACAUACAGUAAGUUAUUUAUUUAUUUUACUAACAAAAGAUGAAUAAGUAAAUGAACAAGACACGGUGAUGUUCCAUACUGCUUUGUAAAGGAGUAAAGGAGAAAAAUCAGUCACAGAUUUGCAUAGAGUUGUGUAUAUGCAUAUUCUUUUUCCCAAUCGAUGAAUAUCCUAUUGGCAGCAAGUCGAAUGUAUAUCCAGGUUCAGUGCAGAAAUUUGAAAUGUGAUGGUAUCUAAUUUUCUUUU